AUGGACGUGGCCUACAAUCAACACUCGCACGCCGCCCGGCGCAAGAACCGCUCCUCAACAAACCUCAACCACCUCUCCCUUGCUCCCUUGACCUCCAAGCUCCCCAUCGAUAACGAUGACUUCCUCGAGCAGUACGGACAACAGUUCGAGCCCGUAUCCCACAGCACUUCGUAUCUCCAGGGCAAAUCUGCUCCGGCUACCCCUCGUCUGAUCUCCCAUUCGCCCGGUCCCCACCCCGCCCGCGCCGCUACCAUGACCGGCACCGGCAUGAAGCACUCCCGUGGCAAGUCUGCUCCGGCUGCCAGACUCCCCAAGUCCAAGUCGACCACCCACCUCGGCAGCAAGAGCGGCGCCGCUUCCCCCACACACAAGCGCCGUAGUGCCGCCGCCGUCGCCGCCGACAAUGAACGCAACUUAUCCGACUGGCUCCUGCGCGCCGGCGCCCUCAUCUCCACCGAGACCCGCGAGUCCAAGGGCCAAUCAUGGCUCGCCUCCCGCGCCAGCUCGACCUCCCUGACCGGCCUGCACAACGCCGAAGAGGAGGCCUUUGAAAGAGAGCUCGCCCGCGAGCGCGAGUUGCUUCUCCAAAACACCGCCGCCAAUGCCAUCCCCGGCAUAGCUAGCCGCAAUGUCUCUCGCAACGCCAGCCGCAACGCCUCACGACGAGGCAGCCUGGUGAUCACCACCGGCACCAAUUUCAUUGACGAUGACUACUACACCACCUCGCCCAUUCACAGCCGUCUGGGCAGCCGUUCCCAUAGCCGCACCGGCAGCCGAACCCAGCUCGCCCGCACCCCCAACGAGCGCCACGCCCUCGAGCACAGCGCCGGUUACUUCCACCACCACGGCAUGUACCACCAGCAACAACAACACCACGAGGUGGGCAUCACAGAAGAGGACGACGAGGACACCAACGGGCCCGGGCCGGACUUUGUCAACAUCGACGAGAAGCUCGAGCUGGCCCACUACAACCAGCAACAACUGCUGCUCGACAACAACGCCGCCAUCUCCAUCGUCGAAGACGAGAUCACCGUCCGCCGCCUAGUCAAGGAUCGCAACAUCGGCUCCUGGUUCGGGCGCGUGCUGGGCGUUCAGCUGUUUGCUGUCGAGGAAGAUGACGAGGAGGAUUCUUCGGAUUCUGACCGCGAUGAGGAGGAUGACCAUCAUCUGGCGUAUGGCAGCAGACAACAGUCGGAGGGACAGUUGACGGAGGAUGACGAUGGGUCGACGACGGAGACGGACUCGUCGAGUGAGGAGGCGAGGAGGAGGCCGCAUGACAAGCAGAGGAGGGAGCAGAGGCGGUUUGAGGAUGCGCAGCUGUCGAAGCUGGUGGAUGAGAAGUUGCCUGCCCCCAAGGAGGAGGGCGGGACCUGGCAUGAUGCUGCUUGGUUGUUGACGGUUGCUUCCAAGGUCAUUUUCUGA